GUAAAUUUUAAAUUAAAAGAAAUAAAUGUAAUUUGAUGGAUUUAGCAUCCUCGUUUACACACAAUGAUUCUUCCCUUUCCCUGGAAACCUCAGAUAAGUCUGUUUCAGAGCUCUUAUCAGCCUAUUAUAACAUUUCCGAGGAUUUACCAGAAUCUUCCUCCUUGGAAAAUGAUAAAAGUGAAUAUAAACUAAAAAGAUCGGCUUCCAUUUUAAAUAAAGAAUUUUUAUCGCAUUCCUUUGAUGUUGAACAUCACUUUGACCAAAUACUCAGGAACAAUUCCAUCUCUGAUACCAUAGGAUUACUCAGGAAAUUGGAGAGGGAGAUUCGGCAGUUAACAGCAGGGAAACAGCUCUUGAUUUAUGACAACUAUGAGUGCCUUUUCUCGGCUCUUGACACUGUACACAAUAUAAAUAAGGAGCUGGAUCAGGUACAAAAUAACCUUAAAACGCUAAACUCCUCCCAAGUAAAAGCUGCUUCAAAGGACAUUACUUCGAGGUAUGGGAUUAGGGAUAACUUUUUGCACAUUUCCAACCUGUCUAAGGCGGGGAACGUGUUCAUGUUCCUCUCGAAUCUGUGUAACACACUUGUAUCUUUCAAUACCUCUAAAGGAUUGUUUUACUCUUCCUCAGAGGAAACUUCUAAUUUUGUAAAAUAUUCACCAAAAGAUGUACUAUACUUUUGUUCAACAGUGUACCAAGUUUUCAAGCAGUUUGACCAGAACUACAACUUUCUGUUUUCGAGUUAUUAUCCCAUUCUCACAAAUUUAAUAUCAAGCAAUGUUACGUUAAUGUUAAGUAAUCAGGAGUCUUUAUACUCUGAUGCUUUGGUUGAUACGUGUAAAUUUCUACACAAACUCUCGUUUAACCAGCACCAGUUGUAUGAAUUUUACUUUUUUAAACUGUCAUCGUUUCUGGAAAAUAAGAUAAGAAACCUCUUCAUAAACUACUCCAAUAGCGAUUUCUCAUAUAAUUCGCUGUGUAAUGACGUGUUUGAAUCUCUGUUCCUGGUUUACGACUCAGUUUCAAAUGAAAAUUUUAAGGCUUUUUUAAACUCGCUGGAUCUCACUGGUGAAAGAGGGAACUUAUGUUUUUACUGUUUUGACAAUUUGGAAGUGCAAUAUGAAUAUAAUUCUAAGAGUAAGCUUUUCUCAUCAUUUAAAUUAAGUUCAAAUAGUUGUUCAUGCUGUACAGAGGAUUUGUUGGUUCAAUUCCUGAUGCACUACACUCACACCUCUUUCUUCCCACUAACUUAUUCUAUCACAAGUUAUAAAUAUAACCUUAAGACUAGAGACGUCACUUCAGGAUUAACUGUGCUUUUUGAAAGGCUCACUCAACUGAAAAUUUCAGAUAAUUACCAACUUUUGUUUUUGGAACACUGUACUACCUGGCUGAUGGUCCUCUCAUUGUUGUAUGUCCAGCAUUUAUUUUUUAAGCUCUAUGAGUCUAUAAUAUCCAAACUGGUUUCAUUCCUAAAUGGAUCAUACACUUCAGAUUUUAACUAUGUCUUAACCUCGUUUGAAAAGUUGGUGGAAGAGCUCAGAGAUGUAUCACACUUUGCAAAAGAUUUGAGCGUGUUUUUGAAAAACGGAUUUGAACAGGUUUUCAACUCUCUUGUUUUUGUAUACUUUUGUGGAAUCAAGUACAUUUGUUACUUGGUAUUCGUAAACAUAGUUAAACUGAGAUUUAAGUCUGGUGAAACCCAACUCUACUCAACGUCUAACCUUAUGACUCUGAGAUCAUGUGAUGAGAAGAACAAAAAUAGUUUAAUUGACCAUUUUUUAACGGAAUCAGGACGAAAUUUGGAUUUAAAUGUGGAUAACGAUUUUAACCUUUUUUCAGUGAUUGAGUUCAUGGACAGGAAUGUAAAGUUACAUUUUAAGAAUUUUAAGUUUGAUUCUAACAAUAAACUUUACAUGAAAAAUUUACUCCUGUUCCUGCUUAAGUUUGAGGAACUGUUUCAAAGUCUACUCACAGUUUUGGAAAGGAACUUUAACGAGUCACAUAAGAUGCUCACAACUAAUAGCUUAGUCCUGAGUAUAAAUCCAAAGACUAACAGUGAGUUUAACCAUGUCAAGUGUAAGUUCCGGGAACAUUUUAUAAAAAAUACAAAUAAUCUGUUUUUUAAUACAAUUUUCGACGAUUUGUUCAUUGAUGAACAUUUACCCCUUUUGAACGUUUUAUUACUUUCACACAAAUACGCCAAUGAAAGUAAAGCGUACUUUCCACUUAAAAAUUACACAAGUGGGUUUUCAGAAACAUUUGAAGGCAAAUUUACGAAUUCUGACUAUAAACUGAGAGAUGAUUGUUUUAGCAAAAAUCACUUUGAGAGGUUUAACAUAAGCAUAACUGAGAUGACAAAUAAUGUAAUUUCACAUAUAAUGUUCGAUUACAUAUAUCAAGCGCUCAAGAUCUUGAGGUUUGUUCUGGAGAAUUUGAUGCUUGGAAAUGAUGUGGUUGACGAGUCGAUAAAGGAUUUUACAAUACUUUUAUCAGAAGUUUUACAGGACGUUAAUGUUUUAACAAUUUCUCAUACACCAGAAACAGCUAAUUUAAACAAAGAUUUAGACAAGGUUAUCAACACAUUUCUCAAUAAUUCAGACUUUUCAAUCCUGUCAAAUGUGUACAAAUUCAAGUUUAACGCCUCGAGAGAUAUGUGUCUGAAACUGUUCACACUCCACAUAGUUCAAGCACUAUACCAGUACAAAACUGAGUACCUGAUUGACAAGAAUAACCUGAUAAAGUUCUACGAGGACCUGAAGCGGCAAAUUCUGAUCAUUUUCAAGAAGAAUUUGGAUCUAUUUAUAAUGCAGUCAGUAUGGGAAAAGGUUUUAAAUUUAACAUAACUAAUGUGUAAAGAUUCUA